AUGAUGACGAUGGUUUUAUUUACAGAGUGAUCUCUUCUGCCAGUCUUAAGACAAUUAUUCAUAUAAUUAAACUAAAAUAAAACUCAAAUCUGACCUGGAUCAUGGUUCUCAUCCCAGCGCUGGCAUCGCGUCAGUAUUUCUGUUUAAAAGCUCCACACGGUGUCUGUGGUUUUACUCUAACACCUGUUUCGAGACUGAAACACUGGGAGAGACUAAAAGUGUCUCGGGGGCAUCAGUUUAAACAGGGACUCCCAGACUUCCUACACCUCAGACACUUCCUCCAGCUCCUCCUGGGGAGACCCCGAGGUGUUCCCAGGCCAGUACAGAGACACAGUCCCUCCAGCGUGUCCUGGGUCUUCCCUGGGGCCUCCUCCCGGUAGAACAUGAACACCUCCUGAGGGAGACGCCCAGGAGACAUCAGAACAGACGUCCUCCCCUCAGAUGCUCCUCUCCAGGUGGAGGAGCAGCAGCUCUACUCCGAGCUCCUCCCAUGUGACCAAGCUCCUCACUCUAUCUCUAAUGGAGCGUCCGGCCGCCCUGCGGAGGAAACUCAUUCGUGUCGCUUGUAUCGUGGAUCUGGUCCUUCGGGUCAUGAUCCAGAGCUCAUGACCAUAGGUGAGGGGUGGAAUGGAGACUGAUGCUAAAUCGAGACUCAGCUCCUCUUCACCACACGGUCUGAUACAGCAACCGCAUCACUGCCGACGCUGCACCUGUCCACCUGUCAAUCUCACGCGCUGAGGCCGCUAAAAGUGUCGGCUCUGUAUGUGUGUAAACAAACAGCUCCGUGUGCUGACGUCACCGGGCCAUGGCUCUGUUCAGUUAUGCAGGUGUGAGUAUGGAACAUAGAACUCUACUCAAUGGCCCUUGUGCACGGCACGGAUCUAAAGUCCACGUGUGAGUUGCCCUUAAACUUCAGGAAGGAGUUUAGCUUUGGUCAGACUCGGGCUUAUUUCUGUCAUGGAAUAAGUUGAAGUUUAAACUGGAGUUGGAGUUUGAGCUCAGGAUUUCAGGAUAAACGUGGAUUUGUUAAUCCCCAGGAAAACCUGUGACAUCACAGUGUGGCUAAAUAAAUAAAUACAGAAGUGAGUAAAUUGUGCUUUUUCAUCUGAGAUAAAGAGAUAAAUCUGUGAAUUCCAUUCAGUUCAAGUUUAUUUAUAUAGAACAUUUAAAACAACUUCAGCUGACCAAAGCUUCACAUAAAAGUCAACAAGAACAGAAGAAACAGACACAGUCACAGAAAACACAAUAAAAACAAUACAUGUGAAAACUACAAUAAAACUCCAAGACAACAGCUCGUAUUAAACGUCAGGGAGAAGAGGUGAGUUUCAGUCUUGUCUUAAACUGCGUUACAGACUGAGAGGAUCUGACAGGAAGAGGAAGGCUGGUCCACAGUCCGGGCGCUGCCACAGAAAAGCCUCUGUCACCUCUUGUCUUGAGUCUAGUUUUGAGUUGGACCAACAGGAGCUGGUCUGAUGUCAGGGCUCUGGUCGGAGGACAGGGCUGCAGUGACUCCCUCAAACAGACUGGACCCAUUGAGUGUGAACAUGUGAAGUACAGAGACGUCACGCUGCACCAAACUCUCUUCUGUCCCUGUGGUUUAAGCCUCGGGAUCUAAAAACGACCCAUUCAGGUCACAGGGCUGAGCUCACUGCUGCAUGUCUCCAGAUUUUCCGUUAGUGGUGAGGUAUUUCCGGUGGCUCUGCCUAUUGCAUAUGGGCAGCAGAGCUCUUUUCUCCCGCUGCACACGUCAAUGCACACGAGUGUGUGCAAGGAGCACAGGCUCCCGUGAUCACUUUGACCAAUCAGAGCGAGAGGAGCAGAGCGGAGCUGGAGCGAACGAUUCAAAAGUUGUUUUUGAAACAACUAAAGGAUUCUGAUCUGAGAAAAAUCUAAUAAUCUGAAAAUAGGUAAAAAUCACCACAAAAUCUGAAAUUUUUGAAAGUUGUAGGUACCUGUCAGCCGAACAUGAGCAGUUUGUGAUUACGUUGCCUCUGUGAGAAAAAUCCUCUCUGGGAUUUUUUUGCUGUGGCACCAGUGAGAAUCACUACGUCAACUCCAGACAGAUAAAAGCAGCAACACCUCCAGUUAUUUUAUCACAUCAAUGUUUAAGGCUCAGAACAACGGCCAUUUUGUGCACAGCUUUGUGUCAUGUGACCAACAGACGCCAUUUUGUAACAUGAACUCUGUGUGCAGGGCUCCGGGGAGAAAACAACAGCCCAGGAGGAGGUUCACUCUGUGUCUUGUCUGUUCAGCGCUCAGGCUGGUGGAAGGCGUCAAUCGCUGUGUUGGGAUUCUGGAGGUGAAACACAGAGGAGUGUGGAGACGGGUGGAGGAGUCCGACAGACGCUGGGACCAGGAGCACACAGCUGCUGUGUGCAGAGAAUUGGACUGUGGCUCUGCUGUUUAUGGAGAACAGAGAGGUCAUUUUGCAUUGAGUCAUGCGUGGAUUGUCUCAUCUGACUGUGUGAAGACGUCUCCAGUGAGAAGAUGCGUCUCUGGUUCCUCUAUCUCUCUCCGUGGUGUGGACGUGAUGUGUUCAGGGCUUCGGGGAGAAAACGACAGCCCAGGAGAGCUCAGGUUGGUGGGCGGGGCCAGUCGUUGUUCUGGGACUGUGGAGCUGAAACAUAAAGGAGUGUGGAGACGAGUGUUUGACUCCGAUAUGAGCUGGGACCAGAAGGCCACAGCUGCUGUGUGCAGAGACCUGGACUGUGGCUCUGCUGUUUAUGGAGAACAGACAUAUAAAUUUCCAAGUCGUCCUAUGUGGCAGAUCUCAUCUCACUGUGUGAAGAAGUCUUCAGUGAGAGAAUGUGUCUCUGGUUUAUACUCCUUUUCCUGGGGUCUGGAGGUGCUGUGUUCAGAGUCGGUGCGGUUGGUCUCGGGGUCCAGUCUGUGUUCAGGAUUAGUGCAGAUCUGGGAAGGGUCCUGGACCUGGGUCUGUGAUGGGGACUUGGACCAGCGGGGGGCAGAGGUGCUGUGCAGGGAGCUGGGCUGUGGGGCUCCUUCUCUCCUCCAGGGGGCGCUGUCUCCUCUGGGGCAGACGUUCCACUGUGAGGGCCAUGAGUCUGCUCUGAUGGACUGUCCCCGCUCCAACUCAAGCACCUGCUCCUCUGGAACCACUGUCAACCUCACCUGCUCAGGUAAAGGGGCGGGGCCUCACUGCUCAGAGCCGCUCAGGUUGGUGGGAGGAGCCAGUCGCUGUGCUGGGACUCUGGAGGCGAGACUCAGAGGAGAGUGGAGACGAGUGUUUGAUCGUUCAUUACUCUGGGACCAGGAGGACACAGCUGCUGUGUGCAGAGCCCUGGACUGUGGCUUUGCUGUUCAUGGAGAACAAGUAUUUGGAGAUAUAUUUUUGGAAGCAAAACCUGUGUGGGAGCUCGCACGUUACUGUGUGAAGAAGUCUUCAGUGAGAGGGUGUGUCUAUCUUUCAGAGCCCGCCUCUCACUGGAGUCUGGAGAUGAAAUGUUCAGAGUCGGUGCGGUUGGUCUCGGGGUCCGGUCUGUGUUCAGGAUCAGUGCAGAUCUGGGAUGGGUCCUGGACCGGGGUCUGUGAUGGGGACUUGGACCAGCGGGGGGCAGAAGUGCUGUGCAGGGAGCUGGGCUGUGGGGCUCCUUCUCUCCUCCAGGGGGCGCUCUCUCCUCUGGGGCAGACGUUCCACUGUGAGGGCCAUGAGUCUGCUCUGAUGGACUGUCCCCGCUCCAACUCAAGCACCUGCUCCUCUGGAGCCACUGUCAACCUCACCUGCUCAGAGCCGCUCAGGCUGGUGGGAAGAGUCAGUCGUUGUGCUGGCACUGUGGAACUGAGCCUCAGAGGAGAGUGGAGACGGGUGUAUGGGAUGUAUAGCCACUGGGACCAGGAGGCUACAUCUGUUGUGUGCAGAGCCCUGGACUGUGGUGCUCCUGUUUUCGGAGAACACAGAGGUGGUUUUCCAUGGAGAGUUGUGUGGCUGUUCUCAUCUGAGUGUGCGAAGAAGUCUUCAGUGAAACAAUGUUCUACUGGUUCAUUCUCCACUUCCUGGGGUGUGGAGGUGAAGUGUUCAGAGUCGGUGCGGUUGGUCUCAGGGUCCAGUCUGUGUUCAGGAUCAGUGCAGAUCUGGGAAGGGUCCUGGACCGGGGUCUGUGAUGGGGACUUGGACCAGCGGGGGGCAGAGGUGCUGUGCAGGGAGCUGGGCUGUGGGGCUCCUUCUCUCCUCCAGGGGGCGCUCUCUCCUCUGGGGCAGACGUUCCACUGUGAGGGACAUGAGUCUGCUCUGAUGGACUGUCCCCGCUCCAACUCAAGCACCUGCUCCUCUGGAGCCACUGUCAACCUCACCUGCUCAGAGCCGAUCAGGUUGGUGGGAGGAGCCAGUCGCUGUGUUGGGACUCUGGAGGUGAAACUCGGAGGAGAGUGGAGACGAGUGGCUGAACCUUAUGGACCCUGGGCCGAGGAGGACACAGCUGUUGUGUGCAGAGACCUGAACUGUGGCUCUGCUGUGCGUGGAGAAUGCAGAGAUGAUUUUCCCCAGAGUCCUGUGUGGAGGAUCACACCUUACUGUGUGAGGAAUUCUUCAGUGAGAGGAUGUGUCAUCGAUUCCUCCUCCUCCUCUUUCUGGGGUGUGGGGGUGGUGUGUUCAGAGGCAGCAUUAGGGAGAGGCUCCAGCAGAGAGUGAGACCGGUUCAGAGUUGGUCCAGUUUCAGAAACAUCAUCAUCAUCAUCAUCAUCAUCAUCAUCAUCAUCAUCAUCAUCAUCAUCAUCAUCAUCACCAUCAUCAUCUUUUAUUGUCAUUAACUGUUGGAAGUGAAACAAUCUUGUGUGGAUGUUUGUAAUAAUUUGUUUAUAUUCAGUAAAUUCUAUGAAAAACUAAA